UCUAUACGUCUGACCAAGAAUUAUAUAAGAAACUACAAAUAGUGUUUGGAGAAUAUUCCAGUCGAUGUCGCCAGUAUCUCGAAUUAUUCAUAGAUAAUUUUUAAGUACUUAGCUUUUAAUAUUGAAUGAUUUAAAUGACAUAUAACGAAUGGUUUUCGGAAACUAUGAUCGAGCUCAUGAGAAUAAUUCGAAUGUUAUAUAAUAGAAUCGAUUCUACUCUAGUAUAUCGAUGGGUAAAAGAAAUCAGCUGAUGGUUGUUUUCCUAGUUUUAAGUUUAAAUGUUAUUAAUCACUCAUUUAUAUUCAUUUAUGAUUAAUUAUUAUCAGUGGUGUAACUUACAAGGUGGUUUUCGUAUUUUUUUUGGUUCCUCGAAAUUAAAAAUAGUUUUUUUUGUAUUAAAAUUUAAUGUGAUUAAUUAUUUCUCAACAAAAUGAUAACGUUUCUUUGACGUUAAAUGUUGUUAUUAACAAUAUGUAUGAUAAUUAAUCAUGUAUUUCGAUAAAAUAAUGACUAAUUAGUUUACAAAUCAGUUUUGCGUCUUGGAAAGAUAUUUAUUUAACAAAAUCAGUGUAAUACUCAGUUAUAUAGAAGAUGUUGAUACCAAUAUUGAUACUAGCGACAGUCGCUUUACCAAUUUCCGAGGCCGAAUGUAACUUUUUUCAAAAAAUAUGGAAAAGCGAGUGCCCCAAUGAUGAUGAAAUUACUUUGGUGACUUCAGUGAAAACGUGCAGUUAUUUCGAUAAAUUUUUUCGAAACAAUAAUUGCGACGAUAAUGAGAUAUCUGCACGAGAUUGUCAACUGGAAAACUGUCAUUAUAAUCCGGAUGAAGAUUUGACAGUGCCACAAAUGAUAGCCAGACACGGUUACCCUUCGGAAUCCCAUACUGUAGUUACCGAUGAUGGGUUUAUCUUAGAGAUACAUAGAAUACCAAAGGUAAAUGGUUCGGGUCCUCAACAACCUAUUUUUUUGCAACACGGGUUAAUGGGAAGCAGUGCUGAUUGGAUUAUAAAUGGUAACCAAACGUUAGCCUUUUAUUUGGCCGAUCUUGGUUACGAUGUGUGGUUAGGAAAUUGCAGAGGAAACAUCUAUUCGAGAGGUCAUGUGUCACUACCAACUACCCACGCUACGUUUUGGAAUUUCAGCUUCCACGAAAUGGGUACUAAAGAUUUACCAAAAGUAAUUUCCUACAUUACCAAAGUUACAAAUAAACCUGGAGAAAUCAUUUAUAUUGGUCAUUCAAUGGGAACAACCAUGUUCUACGUUUUCGCUUCAGAAAACCCUGUACUUGCCAAGAACGUUAAAGUGAUGGUUGGAAUGGGAUCGGCAGCUUACAUGACUCAUAUUAAAUCCCCUAUUAAAUACUUCGCGCCAUUGACUACUGAAUUAGAGUGGCUUCGAAAACAUUUAGACUUCAACGAAUUUUUACCGAAUAGUAAACUGAUGAAAAUACUUUCAUCCCAAUGCGAAUUAUUCAAAAUCGACGAAAAGAUAUGCGAAAAUUUGAUAUUCGCAAUUUGCGGUUUCAACAAAGAAGAAUUUAAUAUCGAUAUCUUACCGGUUUUACUAGCAAAAGAUCCAGCAGGAUCCUCAACUAAAACAAUUAUACAUUACGCUCAAGAAAUUGAUAAUCGCGGUAAUUUUCAAAAAUACGAUUACGGAAGCGUUGGUAAUUUCAUUGAAUACGGUACUGUUGAUCCACCCCCGUAUAACAUUAGUAAUAUUAGAAAUCCUAUUUAUUUGAUGUACGCUAAAAAUGAUUGGCUUUCAAAUCCAGUGGAUGUUCUACGUUUUGCACGUGAACUCAAGAACUUGGCAGGAACAUAUGAAAUUGAGAUGGAUUCUUUUAAUCACGUCGAUUAUAUUUUUGGAAAAGACGCUAAAGAUUUAGUAUACAAACCUUUAUACAAAUUUCUUAGCAAUUAUACAGACUACUAAUAAAUUUAUUCAGAAUAUUAUUUGUUUUAAACAUUUCAGGUUACAAAAAUAAAAUUAUAUCAAUAUACGGAUGUGAAAUUAA